AUGGACACCGUGAUGGAGGGCGAGCAGCCCCUGGCGGCGAACGGCGACAUGGAGGACCAGGCGAUGGACCAGGAGAGGGUUUACGACGAGGAGUACGACGACCCGUCGGACAUAGCACAGGAGGAGGCCUGGACGGUGAUCAGCAGCUACUUCAAGGAGCGCACGCUCGUGUCCCAGGCGCUGGACUCGUUCGCGCAGUUCGCGGAGCACUCCAUCGCGCAGACGAUCACGGAGUAUAACCGAAUUGUGCACGAGGUGCAGCCUCAGUUCACCAUGGCCGGGCAGGAGGACCACGUCGAGGAGAUCAAGUACGAGCUCUCGAUCUCGACCGAGCCGGGGUCCAUCGUGAUCGCGCCGAUCAUGGUCAGCGACAAGGGCACAAGCGACGAGGACCACAUGUUCCCGUGGCACGCGCGCUCGCGCAACCUGACGUACGCCGGGUGGCUCAACGCGCGCGUCAGGCUCGUCAAGCUCAGGAAGAACGCGGACGGCGAGUGGGAGAACGUCCCGCCGCCGGGCGCGAAGGAAGACGAACACGACAAGCCGUUCGACGAGAUGGCCAGCUGCCGUCUGGGCAAGGUGCCGAUCAUGCUCAAGUCGUGCCAGUUCUGCCGGCUGCACCCGAUGAACGAGAUGGAGCUCACCGCGCACAAGGAGUGCCCGUACGACCUCGGGGGGUACUUCAUCAUCAACGGGCAGGAAAAGGUGAUCAUCGCGCAGGAGCGCAUCGCCGUCAACCGGGUCUUCUGCUUCCGGAAGAACGUCGACAUGUGCACGUACUUCGCGGAGAUCAAGUCGCAGCGCCUGGGCACGUCCGUCGCGUCCAGCGCGGCCGUCAUGAUCCGCGCCCCCAGCGCCUCCAUGCCCGGGUGCAUCGUCGUGCGGAUCCCGUACAUCAACGAAGACGUCCCGCUGCUGAUCGUGUUCCGCGCGCUGGGCAUCGAGUCGGACCGCGAGAUCAUCAAGCACAUCAUGCCCGACCCCGAGGCCGACCCCGAGAUGAUGGAGCGCCUGCGCGCGUCGAUCGAGCGCGCGGGCGUCGACGAGCUGCGCACGCAGGAGCAGUGCCUCGACCACCUCGGGAAGCGCAUCCGGAACCCCGGGUCGACGCUGCGCCACAAGCGCAUCCACGCUGUGUGGGACAUUCUCCAGAAGGAGUUCUUGCCGCACGUGUCCAUCGCCGAGGGCUUCGAGACGCCGAAGGCCUUCUUCCUCGGGUACAUGACGUACCGCCUGCUGCUGGUGGAGCUCGGGCGGCGCGCGGAGGACGACCGCGACCACUACGGCAACAAGCGGCUGGACCUGGCGGGCCCGCUCUUCGCGCGGCUGUUCGAGACGCUCUACCGCAAGAUGAUGAAGACGGCCUCCACGCGGCUGCGCCGCAAGGCCAACGACGGCGCCGAGCCGCGGAUCUUGGACCUGAUCGACAGCUCCAUCAUCGAGAAGGGGCUGACGUACUCGGUGGCGACGGGCAACUGGGGCGACAAGGGCAAGGCCGACGUCAAGAAGGGCGUCUCGCAGACGCUGGUGCGCCUGACGUACGCCAGCAUGGUGUCGCACCUGCGGCGGAUCGACUCGGGCGUGGACCGCGGGACGAAGCAGACCAAGCCGCGGCAGCUGCACACGACGCAGUGGGGGUACAUCUGCCCCGCGGAGACGCCGGAGGGCACGUCGUGCGGGCUGGUGAAGAACCUCGCGCUCAUGUGCCACGUGACGGUCGAGCAGUCGCCCGAGCCGGCGCUCGACCUGCUGGAGGACCUGGGCGUGUCGCGGCUGUACGAGAUCGCGCCGGGGGACCUCGUGAACUGCUUCAAGGUCAUGGUCAACGGCGCGUGGGUCGGGGUCACCGACAAGCCGAAGAGCAUCGUCGAGGACCUGCGGCGGGCGCGCCGCACGCAGAACCAGGAAUUCAAGUUCCUGCGCGAGAUGUCGAUCGUGUACGACUCGCGGCUGCGCGAGAUCCGGCUCGGCACGGACGGCGGGCGCGCGACGCGGCCGCUGUUCAUCGUGGGCGAGGGGCAGCAGCUGCUGAUCCGGCGCACGCACAUCAACCGGCUGCUGGACGCCGAGGCGUCGGGGUACAAGUGGGAGGACCUGAUGGCGGAGGGGCUGGUGGAGUUCGUGGACGUCGAGGAGGAGGACACGACGAUGAUCGCCAUGUUCGUCGACGACGUGCGCAAGGCGCGGGAGGAGCCGUCCAAGGCGGUGACGACGUCGUUCACGCACUGCGAGGUCCACCCGGCGAUGAUCCUCGGCGUCUGCGCGUCGAUCAUCCCGUUCCCGGACCACAACCAGUCCCCGCGCAACACGUACCAGUCUGCCAUGGGCAAGCAGGCCCUGGGGGUGUAUUGCACGAACUACAACAUGCGGAUGGACACGCACGGGUACGUCCUGUGCUACCCGCAGAAGCCCCUCGCGACGACGCGCUCGAUGGAGUACCUCCACUUCCGCUCCCUCCCCGCCGGCAUCAACACCGUCGUGGCCAUCGCGUGCUACUCGGGGUACAACCAGGAGGACUCGACGAUGAUGAACCAGUCGGCGAUCGACCGCGGGUUCAUGCGGUCGAUCACGUACAAGUGCUACCGCGAGCAGCUCCGGUCCACCGCGGGCCUCGCGCUGAACGAGGCGUUCGAGCGGCCCAACCCCGACGAGUGCGAGGGGUUCAAGAUGGACGCCGACUACGGGAAGCUCGACGACGACGGGAUCGCGGCGCCGGGCGUGCAGCUCGUGGGCAGCAACGUCAUCAUCGGGAAGACGUCGGGGCUGCCGAGAAUGGAGGGGCGGGCGAAGGAGAAGAAGGACAGCAGCAUCAGCCUCAAGGCGACGGAGACGGGCGUGGUGGACCAGGUCAUCGUGACGACGAACGAGGACGGGCAGAAGUUCGUGAAGACGCGCAUCCGGUCGAUCCGGCAGCCGACGGUCGGCGACAAGUUCGCGUCGCGGCACGGGCAGAAGGGGACCGUCGGCAUCACGUACACGCAGGAGGACAUGCCGUUCACGCGCGAGGGCAUCACGCCGGACCUCAUCAUCAACCCGCACGCCAUCCCGUCGCGCAUGACGAUCGGCCACCUCGUCGAGUGCCUCCUGAGCAAGGUGGCGUGCCUGCGCGGCACCGAGGGCGACGCCACGCCCUUCACGGGGCUCCUCGUCAAGCAGAUCUCCGACGAGCUGCACGCGCUCGGGUACCAGCGGCACGCGUGGGAGCAGAUGUACUCGGGCCACACGGGCCGCCCCCUGGCGAAUCAGAUCUUCCUGGGUCCGACGUACUACCAGCGGCUCAAGCACAUGGUCGAGGACAAGAUCCACUCGCGGCGCAUCGGGGCCGUGACGAGCCUCACGCGCCAGCCCAUGGAGGGCCGCGCGCGCGACGGCGGCCUGCGGUUCGGCGAGAUGGAGCGCGACUGCAUCAUCGCGCACGGCGCCGCGGCGUUCUUGAAGGAGCGCAUGUUCGACGCGUCGGACCAGUACGUCGUGCCGAUCUGCACGCGCUGCGGGCUCAUCGCGCGGAAGCAGCUGCUGGCCGGGGUCCGCGGCGUGCAGAACAUGGGCGGGGGGGAGGUGUCGUGCCCGAACGAGAACCACAAGGGGUCGCGGAUCGUGCACGUCAACAUGCCGUACGCGUGCAAGCUGCUGUUCCAGGAGCUCAUGUCGAUGUGCGUCGCGCCGAGGAUCAUCGUCUGA